AUGAAGCUCUCCACCAUCGCCAGCGCCUUUGUCGCCGCCACUUCUGUGUUCGCCGCUCCAAUUGAAAAGAGAGAAGACGACAAGAAGACCAUCCUUCUUACCAACGAUGACGGCUGGGCCGCCACCAACAUUCGUGCCACCUACAACGCCCUUAAGGAUGCCGGCUACGAGGUGAUUUUGGUUGCUCCUGUCUCCCAGAGAUCUGGUUUCGGUGGUCAAUUCGCCGUUCCAACCUCCGAGACCUUGGAGACCGAUGGUGAGUUCUCUUACCCUCCAGCUGGCUCCCCAUCUUGGGGCCACGAGGACAACGACCAGAGCAUCUGGUACUUCAACGGUACCCCAGCCUCUUGUGUCGCUUUCGGCUUGAACUACGUCAUUCCUCAGCACUUUGACAACAAGACCGUCGACUUGGUUGUUGCCGGUCCUAACGAGGGUCUCAACUUGUCCCCAGGUAUGUACACCUUGUCUGGUACUAUUGGUGCUACCUACGCUUCCGUGAUCAGAGGCUACCCAGCCAUUGCCUUCUCUGGUUCCAACAGCAACAACUCUUUCUUCAAGGACGAUGAGCACAGGUUCGACGACGACAAGUUCACUCCGGUCAUCUACGGUAAGAAGGUUGUUGAGCUUGUGGACGGUUUGUUCAACCAGUCUUCUUCUCGCCCUAGAGUUUUGCCAAAGACCACCGGUCUUAAUGUCAACUUGCCAGAGGUUGGUGACGAGGACGGGGACUGUCUUGACCCAGCUUACGUUUUCGCUCGUUUGUCUGGUGAGGACUCUCCAGCCUCUAACUUGAAGUACGUUGACGGUAAGGUUAAAUCCGCUGACGGCUACUUUAAGGCUCCUACCGAGUGUAUCUUUGGUGACUGUGACUUGCCUUCCGAGUCCUGGGUGAUCAAGCACCAGAAAUGUAAGACCCCAGUGUCUGUCUUUUCCAUUGACUACGAUGCUUCUUACAAGCAGGCCAAGGCCGUGGAGCUGUACUUGGGCCAGGUCUUCUAG